AUGCUCGCAUACUACACGGCAAAUGCGUUUGCGACUGGCUUUAAGAAGUCGCUGGCCUUUCAGCUGCGCGGCAUCAAGCAGAACAGAGGCUCGUCAGGCGAGGGCAUCUGGAUCACGAAGCGGCAACCUGGCAGCUCAUGCACUUCACCCGAUGUGAUGGCCUUUAUGGGCUCGAAGGACAUGCUGUGCAGGGUGGCCAUAUUGAACAUAGGUUUGGGGGACACGCUCGCGCAAUUCACCAUAGAGCAGUCUGCGACUGCCUUCAAGAAGUCCGCUGGCUUACGAGCCGCACGGCAUCAAGCAGAGCAGACGCUCUUCAGGCGAGGGCAUCUGGAUCACCAAGCGGCAACCUGGCAGCUCAUGCACUUCAACCGACGUGGAGGUUUGGAGGACAUGCUCGCACAAUUCGCCGUAGUGGCUGGCAUCAAAAAGAUGCCGUCCCUCAGCCGCGCGGCAUCAAGCAGAGCAGAGGCUCGUCAGGAGGACACGCUUGCAUACUUCACCAUGCAGGAGUCUGCGGCUGGUUUCAAGAGGAUGUUGGCUCCCCAGCUGCGCGGCAUCAAGCAGAGCAGAGGCUCGACAAGUGA